CCGGUACAUACACCUACCACUUAUCGGCCGACAUUGCAAGUUCACCUUACAAAUAUAACGUCAUUCCAGGAAUCCGACACGCGGAAACUUCUAGAAUGUCGUCCAUAAAGAAGGCAGACAUUAAGUCAUGGGAUUCACUGAUUCAAGUUGUAGACUUUGAUCCCGGAACGAGACCAUACAUGAAGUUGUUGCCAAAUGCAAAUAACAUCAUAUUUAAACAAUACCACACAGACUUCGAAACAGUCGCCGGCCGUGAGCCGCAGUCCAGGCCGGAGUGGUCUAUUUUACUCUCUUCCGACGACUCGUCGAAAAACCCAUUCUUUCACGGUGGUUGCGCAUAUAUACCUGAAAAGGACGAACUCUAUAUCACGUCGGAUCUUCUACAGUCCACUAGUAGCUCACUACUGCCAACAAUUUUGAUAUCAAAGAUAAAUUUCCGUCGUGGCCCCGAUAACGCCAUCCAAGAAGUCGAAUGGAUGAAACUACGGCCGCCCUCGUCCAUGACCAUGCCGGCCGGUGCAUGUCAUUACGAGAACGGAGUCUUAUACUGUUCUCAGGGCACUCAAGUUCCUGAAUCUGGCGGCCUCUGGUAUAUGCCCGCAGGAAAGCCGCCUAUACCUAUUCUGACUAGCUACUUUCAUAAGCCUUUCAACUCCAUCCAAAACGUUGUCAGGGAUAUGGAGGGGGGCCUAUGGUUUACAGAUACAUCGAUCGGCUUCGAGAAAGAGAUCAGGCCCUUACCGAUGCUGCCGAAUCAGGUGUACCACUUUGAUCCCAGGACAAGAGAUCUGUGUGUCGUUGCAGAUGGGUUUAUGAGACCUACGGGAAUAGCAAUAGAUGUAAUGAGUGCCGAAAACACCCUAUACGUUACCGACACAGGAGCAGCUCAUGCGAAUGGAACGAACUAUCCCCCGGGACCGGCGACUAUCUACGCGUUCGACGUCAUACGGAAACAUGGCCGCCCGUUCGCAGCAAACAAACGCGUUUUUGCCUAUGUCAAAGAAGGUGUGCCGACGGCGAUAAUAUGUGACCACCAGGGGAAUGUGUUUGCUGCGUGUGGGGAUGGUGUUGAGGUUUGGAGUCCAGGAGGUUUGGCUCUUGGGCUGAUUGAGGUACCUGGAGGCUGUACGGAUCUAUGUUUCGGAAAACCUGGGGAGAUUUUCAUCUGUGCUCAACAGCGACUUUGGCGAGUUCAACUAAAAUAUGGAGCAUAUUGAAUGGUCAUGAUAAGCAACUUUCUGUCCAUUUAUCCCCAAACGUUCCGAGCAGCCUGGACUGCAUCGGGGGGCGCCCAGCUACGGUGGAAGGUGUCCAGAUAGUUGAAAUUCUGACACGGGCCCUGAUCUGUGCAUAUAGUUACAGCU